AAACAUUUGUUCGAGGAGACCUUGGGUUGGUUUUUAGUUUGAUAAGCAUUCUUACUGAUGUAUUUAUGAUCUAUAGCAACAGUUAAAAGAUACAGAAAAGGCUGAAGAAAUGAAGGUAUGAUUUGUAGGUGCUGACACUUUCAGGUAUUUGACAGAUGCAGAUAAAACUGAGUCAGGACUCAUGACCUGGUUACAAGUCCGUCUGUGCCCAUCAGUGAUGUCUGUGAGCGCCCUGCUGCGAUGCACCUCUAGGUCACAGAGGCAGCAGGCGAUGGCUUUUCUAGUCCAGCAGAGAGCUCUGUCAGCUGCAGAGGCUGUCAACGCUCUCAGACCAUUUUAUUUUGCUGUUCAUCCAGACUUCUUUGGUCAAUUCCCCAGAGAACGGGAAGUGAAUGAAAAUUCUUUGAAGCAAUUAAAUGGCUACAUGGAAAAUUUACAGAAGCCUGACUUAAAGUUAGUUCGGCCAAUAAAGCUCACCUUUUAUAUCAGGGACACUAAGGAGAGCAGUGAGAAGCAGCCAGGCUUUGUCUCUUCAGGUUUCCGGUCUGUGAGUUUCAUUCUACACACAAAUGAUAUUUUGAGUACCGUGAUGAACGUGCUGACAUCCUGCAGCUUGCCUGUGGAGCACAUAGAGAGACAUGAAAAAAGCUUUGGGACAUGGAAAACUGGGCCUGACGGAGGAGAAUCUUUUCAUAGACCCAUAAAAUGGGAUAAAAGCUACUAUACCUUCACUGGGUUCAGAGAUCCUGAGCAGGAGCUGCAGCAGACCAAGAGAAUGGAACCUACACUCCAUGGUUGGCUGAGAAACAGCGAACCUGAGGCAACAAAGAAACACAAUGCUAGUCUUCCACGGAGAGAAGAGCUGAGCAGACUGAAGAAGGAACUGUGUGAAAAGUUUCUUUUGGCAGAUAUCAGGUGGCAGCGCAGCUGGGGAGUGGCUCAUAAGUGCUCUCAGCUUCAGAGCCUGACCCGACUGUCUCACCAGAACCCAGAGGACCUGAUCAAUCUACAAGGCCAUACUGUUGUGUUCGCUGACCAGUCGGACAUGAAUGCUUCUGGAGACGUCAUGCUGGGAACCAUGGAUGUUCACCAUCAGUGGACCAAAUUAUUCCAGCAGCUGCCCAGCUAUCGGAGUCUCCAGCAGCAAACAGACUGGUUGAAGGAAAGAAUCAGUUGCCUUCUGGGUGGAUCCCAAGUAAUCCACCUGGGACCAGUCCAGCCUAUCGCUGAGCACUACAGCACGCUAAAUGCUUUUCACAAGAGCCUGAUGUCCCGAUGCCUGCACCUGCAUCCCAGGAGCCUGCAUGGCCUUACCAUGGUGCUGGACAAUGAUCGCUCUACACCUAAUCUCCAUGAGAUGGGGCACUUCAUUAUCCCCAUCAACUGUGACCCUCUCAAGCUCCAGCUGUUCCUCCAGAGCCAGGCCCCUGAGGCCAGAAGUCGCACCCUGCAAAGACAUCAGUUGCAGGUGGAAGAGGAGGCAGUGGUGCAGCUCUGUGUCCAGAGGCUGUCUCUGAGGGGCCUCUCCAAGGAGCACAGCUUGAGCUCCAGUCAGAUGAUUCUCUGCUGCAGGAGGCUCAUAGAGCAGCACCCCCCACUGCUGCAGGGGCUGCAUGUCUGUGUCUCCCACUUUUACUCUGUCAUGCAGGACGGUGACCUAUGUGUCCCCUGGGACUGGAAGAGCUGAGACAAUCCUUCAGAAUUUAUAUAUAUACAGUCGUGUUUUAUGGCUACUGUGGAUUCACCUCCGAGAAAUGUUUUGCAUUCACAAUCUAUAAAUAAGAGAUAAAUGUAAAACUAGAAAACACAGCAAACCACAGAAACUGUAUGUUUAAGUUAAGAAUGUGGAAAACAAUAAAACACGGUUGUUCUAUCGCAUGAAGAAACCCUGUUCAAGUGUAAACCAGCAGGACUCAUCCUUCAAGAACAUACACAUCUCUUCAUAUGACGCUUCAAUUCCUAAAAUACAAUGGUGAGGAGGAAAGCUACUUCAGAUACGAUAAAAUAAGUGACCCAGGUGUGCUAAUAAUUGCUGAUUUGAAUAUAACUGAAACAGUACUGCAGGUUUUCUGUCUAGUGGUAUGCUAGAAAGUAAGAUUAGCUAUUAAAAUUGAAGUUUAGAUUGAAGCUAAAGAGAAGAGGCAGCUGAAGAGACUGAACCUGAACAAGGCUGCAGGCCCAGAUGGUGUCAGCCCCAGAGUCCUAAAGGCCUGAAGCUGCACAGCAGCUCUGUGGGAUUCUGCAGGAUCUCUUCAACUUUAGCCUGACCCAAGACAAGGUUCCACUGUUAUGGAAGAUGUUCUUCCUGGUUCCGGUACCAAAGAAAACUCACUCAUCAGUCACCAAUGACUAUAAACCUGUUGCCCUGACAACCAACAUCAUGAAGGUAAAGAAGAAACUCCUGCUGGCCCAUCUGACUAAGCAGACAAAGACAUAUCAAGACCCCCUGCAGGUUGCUUAUCGCCGUGGAUCUGGAGUUGAUGAUGCCAUCAUACACAACAAACCCACUGUCACCUGGUCAAAGCGGGCAGCACUGUGAGGAUCAUGUUCUUUGAUUUCUCCACAGCAUCUAACACAAUUCAGCCUGAUCUUCUCUGUGAGAAACUCCAGGAGACACAGGCGGAGUUCUGAACAAUCACCUGGAUCUGUGACUGAGUCUGGCUGACCCUAACCCUGAAGGACUGUGUGUCUAACCAGGUGGUCAGCUACUUGAGGAAGCUAAGAUCCUUCAAGGUUUGCAGCAAGAUGCUGCAGAUCUUCUAUCAGUCUGUUGUUGAGAUCGUCAUCUCUUC